GAAAUUGCUAACGAUAGAAAUAAGAAAGAGCCGCAAACCAAAGAAACCUUCAGCGAUUUGCUUCCACAGCUCUUUGCAAGUUGUAUAAUGUAUUUGCUUGUUAUUCAAGCUGGAAUCAGUAUGCCUUUCUCUUCUGUAUUGAUACCACGAAUAGCUGAUAAUAGAGAAAUAGAACUGAACACAAAUCUGUCGUCUGGAUUUUUCAUGGAUAGGCUAGGACGAAGAAAAACGGGACUUUUUAUUUACUUUCCAUUCACGAUUUCAUGGCUCAUAAUGAGUUUCGUUGAGAAUGUAACAAUGAUUUAUUUAGCGAGAAUUAUUUCUGGAAUUACUGCCGGUCUAACGACCUGUUCAGUAGUUUAUGUUGCUGAAAUCAGUUCAAAAACUACCAGAAGUGCUCUUCUUUGUAUGAACUCAGUUUGGGUAUCCUUUGGAAUUUUUAUAACAUAUUUCUUGAAUUAUUUUGAUCUUCAUUGGAGAACGAUUGGGUAUGCGUACGCUGUGCUAUCAUCACUUUGCAUUCUAGCUAUUCUUAUUGUACCAGAAUCAUCCCAAUGGCUGCUUGUUUUUAAUAAAAAAGUAAAUGAUGAAAGAAAAGGGAUCAAGUCAAGUCAACAUUCUCUUGACUUUACAGAAAUCAGCAAAUUUCUGAAGUUUACUACAAAUGACUUAAUAAGAUCUAAUGAUAAGAGAAUCAUGGGAACAUUUGACGACAAUGAUACUUGUUUUUUUAAAAAAUAUCAAACGACCUCAGGUGUACAAGCCUUUAGCGAUUUUGUUCUUCUUGUUCCUAUUACAACAAUUGUCUGGUGGAUACGUAUUAAUCUUUUUUACUUUAAACAUAUUCCGAAACCUUGGAGCAAAGUUCUUGAAUAGUAUAGAUGAAAGAAUAGCUUUAGCACUUCUUGGAUCUAUUCGGCUAGUAAUGGCCAUAAUAGCUGCAGCAAUCGCGCAAAAGUGUAAUCGAAAAGUUUUGCUUUACACAUCUGCAAUAGGAAUGGGGGUUUUUGCAUUUAUUGCAUCGUCCCAAAUGUUAAAUGUUGAAGACUCAUUGUUUCUAUGUCAUGACAACAAUUUAACAUCUGAUUCUUUAUCUUCAUCGCCACACAACAGUUAGUAAUUAAAUUUUGCU